CGCCCACGAUGUGAAGACCAAGUAAAUCGUAACACCAUGGAGAACGUAGUGGAAUGUGAGGAGUGCGAGUGUCGGAACGGAGCCACGCUCGACGUGCUGAAGGAGGUGCAGCGAGCGUAUGAAGACCGGCUGGAGCUGGUCGAGAGGGUCGGGGGAGCGGACAAAGUGCAGAUGCAGGCGCGAGUGUUGCGGUCGUGGGUGAGCGACCUGGUGGCGCAGAACGCGCUCCUGGUGCGCGCCGUGGAGGAGUUAGAGCGAGAAACCACGAGUCGGGCCGAGAUCGAGCGGCGGAGGCACGCGGAGGUAAGAGUGUGGGGAAGCCACCUGGUAGAAGUGGUAGAACGCCCUCCAGUUGCUAACAGUGCUAUCAUAGAGUGCGAGCUGCGCGCCGAGACUGCCGUGCUGCGGCGCCGCCUUGCACGCAAGGACUCGGACCUGCGCGGUCUCAUCGAGGUGUUGCGCCGGCUCCGGGAGUUAGAUCUCUGCACGCUCGACGGGAUACACUUCUUCGAGGUCACACACAGCGAUAUCUUUGGCUAUGACGGGUGGCUGUCGCUACGGAAGGGCGACGGGGGCGGCCACUCGGGCUCCGGCGACGACCUGGCGAGCGGCCUGCUGAAAGGUUUCUACUUGUUAAAAAUUAAAGAUAGCUACAAUGGCAUGGAAAGAAAGAAUAAGAACCUUGAGUUGUCAUUAGUCAACGAGUCGCUACAGAACGUCGUAACAGCGAAAGACAGGGAGAUCAACAGUUUGAAGAAGCACAUGCAGCAAUACGAACAGUCGCUGGCAAGGGUGAGGUGCGAGGGAAAGCCCAAUGUUCAAAUGAAAGAUGCCGAGGUUAUGGCUGGCAUGUGCUGCACGGGAGCCGAGUGCGGCGACCUGGUGCCGGUGCGGGACAUCGCGGAGCUGCUGCGCGAGGAGGCCGGCAAGUACCGCGACACCAUCCGCAACAUGGAGAUCAGCCUGCAGUCGAGCGGCGUGAAGCUGCGCGCCGUGCACAAGCUCAACCUCGGGCUGAUUGAGGAGCUGAGCUCGCUGCGCCGGCUAGUUGUGGCUAUCGACGUGGAGCGCCGAGACGCCCGGGUGAAGCUCGAUCUGCAGAGGACCAUCGUGAAGCAGAUGGUGCGACAGCUGCGUCAGGCCAAGGCUCAGUUGAAGAAGAAAGAGCUUGACUACUCCAUCAAGUCUGACUUCGUGAGCGGAGACAACUUCGGGCAACUGAUGUCGCACGCGUCGCUCCCCGCGCCCUGCACCAGGCAGCCGCGGCCGCGGCGUCGCGACGUCCCUCCCCCGCCCCCUCCCGCCGACAACCCGCACCCCCUCACCGACCAGCUCGACUCCAGCGGGGACUUUCGCCCCGUUCACUAG